UUAUCUUCAAAACAUAACCAAAAAACAUUAAUAAAAUUAUUAAAAACAAAGAAAUUUAAUGGUUGGGAAAGUGGAACCUGAAAAGAAACAACAUCAGAAAACACACAAUGUUUUUAACAAGGAAAAAUAUGAGUAAAUUAUUGACACAAACUUUCAAGACGAUGCAACAUGCGAAAAUACGAACGCUAACUACAACUUCUACUUCUAAUGAAGAUUCUGUUAAUUAUUGUGCAAAUAUAGUAAAAUAGAUCGCAUGAUUAUGAAAAUUUUCUGGCGACACUACUAAUGACAAAAGCUCUUCGGUCACCGGCGCUAGUGGUCAGAGCAUUCAAUGUAGAAGUUGCCAGGGUGCAAGACCAAACUACAGAUCCACAAAUUGCAAUGAUGCGGAUGCAAUUUUGGCAAGACACUUUGAAGGACAUUUAUAAGAAGGAUCAAAGUCUUAGUCAGGUUCCAGCUAACCCUGUUGCUCAAGAGUUAUUUAAGGUCUGUAGUGUCUACAAGAUACCAAAGAGAAAUUUGCAAAAACUCAUUGACUCCAGACAGAGGUUAAUGAAAGCAAAAUAUUUUGGCAGCCUGGCUGAUUUAGAGAAAUACACUGAUGACAGUGUAUCGGCGAUAUACUAUACAAUACUCUGGCUGGCGGGCAUUCAGAACUUGCAUGCUGAUCAUGCGGCAUCCCAUCUAGGUAAAGCCCAAGGACUCACCAAUAUGCUAAGGUCUAUACCUAUGUCUAGUUAUUCUAAAAUGGUAUAUGUACCCAUGGAUUUGUUAAUGAAGCAUAAUGUAUCUCAAGAAGAUGUGCUGAGAUGUCGGGAUAGUGAGAACAUGAGAAAUUGCACACAUGAAGUUGCAAUCUCAGCAAAUAAUCAUCUUAAAAAGGCAAGAAAAAUAGAUGUGCCGAAAUUAGCUAAUCAAAUAUUUCUUCCAGCUGCAGCAAUAAACAAUUAUCUAAAUAAGCUCCAGAAGUGCAAUUUUAAUGUGUUUGACAGUUCACUAGUUCACAGAAGUGCUACUUUACCACUCGUUUACUAUUUUAUGAGACUCUUAAACAAGUAUUGACUGUAUUAUAUGUAAUAGUAUCAUAGUAGUGUUAAAUUAUUAAUAAAGUGACUGUUAUAGAAAAUCCU